UAUAAUGUCGAACUACUUUCUCAUUUCCGUUCUCACUAUCUCUCUUUUCGUGGCGGUAGUGGCUACCGCCAUUGAGUCGUCGUCGGAGUUGUCUGUCCCCGCCGGCUGUCCUGUGCCGGACCCUAGACUUAAUUACCGGCCAGUGAUCGGGAUUAUUAGCCAUCCCGGUGACGGAGCCUCGGGUCGCAUAGUUAAUUCCACCAGCGUUUCGUUCAUUGCUGCUUCGUAUGUCAAGUUUGUUGAAUCGGCUGGUGCUAGGGUCAUUCCACUUUUGUUUGAGGAUUCUCCUCAACUUCUCAAUCAAAAACUUGAUCUAGUUAAUGGCGUGAUCUUCCCUGGAGGGUGGGCGAGGAAGGGUAAAUAUUUUGAGACUGUCAAAGCAAUUUUCAAGAAAGUUUUGGAGAAGAAUGAUGCCGAUGAACAUUUGCCUCUCCUCGCUAUCAACCUCGGAUUUGAGCUUUUGAUGAUGAUCGUUUCCAAGGACAACAAUAUUCUUGAGAAAUUCAGUGUACCAAAUCAGGCAUCUAAACUUCGUUUCGUGGAAACCGUGAAUAUUGAAGAUACAGUAUUCGGGAGAUUCCCACCUACAUUACUAAAGAAGUUGAGUAAGGAAUGCCUUGUGCUCCAAAGAAACAAGUAUGGUUUAUCACCAGAAAAGUUUCAAGCAAAUGAUGAUCUAUCUAGCUUUUUCAUUAUGUUGACUACUAGCACAGACACACGCAACAAGGUCUUUGUUUCUACUCUUCAAGCAGAAAACUAUCCCAUAACUGCUUUACAGUGGCACCCAGAGAAAAGUGCUUUUGAAUGGGGAUCAGCAGCAAUUCCACAUUCUGAGGAUGCAGUUCAAGUGACUCAACUUGUAGCGAACUAUUUUGUCGGUGAAGCAAGAAAGUCUUCUAAUAAACCGGAUGCUCAAAAAGUACUUGACAACCUUAUCUACAAUUACAGUCCUGCUUAUAGUGGAAAAGCUGGGAAGGGUUACGAUGAGGUUUACAUUUUCAACGGUCCUGCGUUGAGCUCUCUUUAGGUGCAGAGGAACGCAAAUGACCUAGUAACAAUAUUAGAAUAAUCCCGAGUGUAAGAUUUGGUAAUCGAAGGGAAUUCUCGAGUUGCAUCUGA